AUGAUGAAGCAGAAGGCACAUUUCAACUACGGCGUGUCGGAGAACCUGCAGCCGCAAAUCCUGGAGCUUCCGUACCAGGGCGAAGAGACCAGCAUGCUCAUCCUACUGCCGCCGUUCAUAGAGGGCGCACUAGACACGACUUUGCCUUGGCUAACGGCCGAGACGCUGCGUUCGAGCGUGGCAAUGUUGUGGCCCAUCGAAAUUGAUGUGCAGAUCCCGGAGUUCCGCAUCGAAGAGAGCUACAAGAUGAAGGAGAAACUGAGCGACCUGGGCUUUGAUAACCUUUUCAACCUGAAUGGCUUCUCGGACUCGGGCAACCUGGCGCUCAAGAAAGCGCUACACAACGCUCGGCCUGCGGAGCCUCCGACGUUCAUCUGUAACCACCCCUUCAUGUACGUCAUCUACGAUCACUCGAAGGAAAUCAUAUUGUUCAUGGGCACCUUCGAGCACCCCAAGGCCGUGUCGGCGUCGCUGGACAAGAACGUCUGA